UUCUCAGGACGUUCCAAAAUCUCCCUAGAAUCGACGAGCGACUUUGCAGCGAUACACGUUUGUCAAUUGAGUUUAGUAUUAUUCACUUGAUAUUGUUCUCAUCAUGCGUCUCAUCACGUCGGCUUUACUGGCGGUAUCGAUGUUUCAUGUGCCUGCAGUGCUUUCGAAACGCGUAAGCGCACAAGACAUCAUCAAGAAGCUCAAUCUCGUACCGAACAUAGAAAAAGGAUACUACAUCGAGACAUUCGAAGACCCCAGCACCGUCAACAAUCGCUCAUACUCAACCGCCAUCUACUACCUAUUAGAGGGCAAGGUUGGUUCAUCGUACUGGCACAAGGUCGACGCUGUAGAGAUUUGGCAUCACUACGCUGGUGCUCCCCUUACGCUCGAGCUGUCUUGGAACAACGGCACGGCGACUCAGCAGAAGAUCCUCGGUGACGAUAUCCUCAAGAAUCAAUUACCUCAGAUUGUAAUUCUAGGUAACCAGUGGCAGAGAGCUAGGAGUCUUGGGGAAUGGACUUUAGUUGGUACGACGGUGGCACCGGGUUUUGCAGAGAGUGGGUUCGAGCUUGCUGAACCGGAUUGGAAUCCAAACGAUGGAACACAUUGACAAGAUCUGGUUGGAAGAAAUAACGAAUAUAGCGGAUUAGGAAAUUGCUGAAGAACGAAUUGCGUCGAUCGGUUAUGAAUCGAGGAAACAGGAUAUGUUGAAGAGGUAGUGUCCCAAAUCCUUAUGCUACCCAGUCUGGAAUGCGAGGCGACUAUGUCUUCCCGGUGGUGUACGGAAAUUUUCUUACUUCCUUUACUUGUAAUGCUACUAAAAUUCCUACGAUGUUGAGCUAUGAAUGGAUAGUCCAUAUUCGGCUUCAUAUUUUAGAUUCGAAUACGUUGAAAGUGAAGAAGCUCUCACAAGCUCUUGAACAUGUCCGUCAGGACCGAUUAAAGAUUGACCAGCGCCAUAUCAAGUCCCGU